GUAUUUGUACGGUACACCCAGGAGUAUCAUCAAAUGAAGAGAAAAAUAACUUAGGCAGUGUUCUCUUCAAAUUAUUUUCAGUUCAGCUCCUAAUUUCCUUCUAUCAUAAAAUAUUCAUUUCAGCUUAGUUCAAUUUAAUUCAUUUUAGUCAAUGAGAAUUGAGAACAAGCCCUUAUUUUGUAUUUCAAUACUCGAACUCGAGUCUCACCAAUAAAGACGGUCUAAGGAUUAUUUUCUGUUUGACGCGCCGGGGUACGGCGGUUCACUCUUGCAAAAUAAAAAUAAAAAAAAUAAAAAAACGCAAAAAAGAAAAAUUCCCCCAAAACCAAAACCCUUCCAACUGAAAUAAAAUUACUUGUACUACCAAUAACUGAGACCGCCAUUUUUGUUCUUCAAUUUUUCACUCUCCUCCAAACCUAAUUCCUUCUUCUUUCGUCUUCAAUGGCGGACGAUCGAGGUUUCAAUGUUCCGACUACUACGACAGCGUCUGCUGCGGCGGCGAUACCUUCCGGCGACGGAACUGUUUGGACGAACGUUUCCAAUCUUCUGUCUUCAGCUUGCAAUGAGCUUUGUGACGGCGAGCUGAUACAUGGUGAUAAUUUUAGUCUAUUUGCCGCCAUGUCGGCUUUAGAGAUAAUGGACCCAAAGAUGGAUUCGGGCAUGGAUAAUGGCAGAUAUCAUUCUGUUGACGAGGCUAUAGAGAAUGGUGCGGCUCCAGUUCCGCUAAGUUUUGAUAAAACUAUGGAUGUUAUAUGCAUUCUAGAUAUUAUGGAUCACCUCCUUGCUUGUGAGGCUACGUGGCAUAAGGGGCACUCAUUGGCACAAACUGUCUUCUCUUGCACCUACCUUAUGCGGCUUGAUCGCACCUCAGCACAUCCCCUGUUACAUUCUUUUUGUAGAUUAGUUCGUGCAACAUGCAACGUUGUUAUAUCUGUUGUUUCAGAGGCUCGCACACAUGAAGAAGAAGAUCUGUUCACAAUAGCUUAUGGUCUCCCUUUGGGUGGAGAGAAAGGUGACACAUUCUUAUCUACUCUAAAUGCUGUAGAAGAGACACUCUGUCGACAAAUGCGUGCUUGUAAAUCUCCAGCUGCCAAAAAGAUGGUGGUAGAAGGUACUUGGACUGCAGAUCAAGAACCAUUGCAAACCAAUCCAGAUCUAGAGGAGGGUUUUUGCCGAGCUCUGUUGUGCCGUUUACGAUUUCGUAAGCACUACUACCACCUUCUUAUGUGCAUGAAGAAACCCCAAGGCAGAGGCUUUGAGUUGGCAAGAAAGCAUAUUUCAUCUUGCUUAUUAGAGCUGCAACAAAUGCAAAAAUCAGCUGAGUUUCUGAGGUCUAUAGGAUGCUUGACAAGAAAAGAUACAGUUCCAAUGGAAACCACUGCUUCUGGCCGUCAUCCUGUUGGCUUCGAUGCUAAUUUAAACAUUAGAUCAUCAGCUCUUGCUCCUCCUCGUGCAAUCAAAACUUUAAGCUGGGAUAUGGCUUUUGAAUAUUUUAAAAAGCUUCUCCAUGAUUUGGAUGUUAUAUGUUCGUUCUCAUUGGAUCCAUUGCUAGAAAAUGUAUUGCAGUUUAUUGUUGAAUUCCAAAAACUGCAACCAGAUCUUGUUGCCAGAGCUCACCUCCAUGUUCUCUUGAUUCAAGGUGGGAAAUUAUAUGGGCGGGAUCCUGUCUUUUUUGUCAUGUGUAAAGCUUCAGCUUUACCUGAAUCUAUGAAGGACCUUAAUAUCCAAAAGAAUGAAGCUGUUGUACAAUUAGGACAGUGUUUAAUCAAUUUGCUCAAAAUCCUUUGCACAAAUGUUGCAUGGCAAAGGCGUAAACUUGGGAAAGUUUUACAAGAUUGGCGUGUAAUAUAUGUACAGUUGGAAAUUGCUUUCAGGGAGGAGUUUGGAGAAUUUUCUGGCAUAUCUGAUGAGAAUGUAUGCAUGAAACUGGCUAGGCACAUACUUAUAUGGGUUGAAGAGCAAACAUAUUGGAUUGCUUUGCGUUUUCUUUCUUUGGGCUUUGAAUUGGAGCUUUACUCCUCAAAUGAGUAUUGCAUGGUAUACUGGUACCUUUAUGUCAUACUGGUUAAGCUUGCAGAGAAAACACAUUUGAAGCAGCUUUCUGCCGCUGACUCAGCAGCUAAACGAAAAGGGAAGAAGAAAAGAGAUUCGGUGAUGGAUACAAAGGAUUACCGCAUCCCACCAGCUGUUAUGUUGCUUCAAUGUUAUAUUUGUCUUGCUGAGGGACUUGCAAUGAUGCUUGCUGCUAUGAGAAAUGAACUAAAACUCUUCCAGCAUGUGGGCCCUUUUAAUACUGAAUAUGAGAGAUUUGUUCAACACUUCGAGCAUUUACAGAAAGCUUGUCUGCCAGAUCACAUUUCCUACCAUUCAUAUAAGGAUUAUACAGCCCAAGCUCGACUUUCUACACUAGUUACGUAUAAUCACUUCAAGGAUGCUCAGAAGAUCGUAAAGGAAUUGAAGAAGAGUUUCGCAAAUGACCCCGAUAAGAUGGCUGAACUCCGAUCCAUUGAGCAGGUUGCAGAGCGAAACAACAUUGCUAUAAAUGUGAUUAACCGUGUUGGAGCUCUUGAUGCUACUCUUAAAAUCUCGUUGGAGUUCACAUAUCAUCCCAUUUUUGCCGUAGCAGUAGUUAAAAGAUCAUGAGGCUGCUUGUGUAAUGCCUAGAACUUAUUUUUUUUAACCAUUUUCUGUAACAUUAUCUAUCUGUUACUUUUUCAAAAAAAAAACAUAAAAUUUGUGCUUAUUAUUUGAUCAUUUGACUAGAACUAUCUGUAAGUAAUAUAUUGUGGUACUUGUAAAUCUCGUAUUAUGAUAUUAUUGAGUGAAACCUAUGUGCAUAGUAUUGUCAUUGUCUUCGAAA